UGGGGCGUUUGGAGGCGUCAAAACGAUGUCAAGAUGGGGUGUGUUUCACCCCUUGCUGCUGGUUGAUAUGAGCUCGCAACAAUUCCCCCGACAAGGGGCUUCAAUAACUCAACCACAGAUUUCAGGAAGUGGGACUGGAGUGGGCCAAAGUGCUACAGGACCAGGAGGUGAUGACUCUAAACGUGAAAUAGAGAUUCAGCCUCGGGAUCAUCUUGGUUCCAACACGGGCUUGCCUUCGCGUGAUGAGAAACAGGAGCCAGUGGUAGUUCGGCCAUACCCUCAAGUCCAGAUGUUGGCUCCACACCACCCUGUGCAAUCAGCUACUCCUCUCACCAUGGCUGCCCAAUCUCCUCAUCUCGCCCCUGCUGUGCCGUUGCCGUUUCCAGAAGGUAUCCUUAAGCCACCUCUGAAGCCCACUAUUCCCAGCCGCCCUAUUGCUCCAGCACCUCCCUCUGCCCUGUCAGCUGUACCAAAGGUCUCUGGGCCGGUGACAGUCACCAUGGAGAGUGGCCUUCCACAGGCCUCAGCUAUUCCUGUGGCCACUAUCAGUGGGCAGCAGGGGCACCCGAACAGUCUUCACCAUAUCAUGGCCACUAAUGUCCAGAUGUCCAUUAUUCGUAGCAAUGCUCCUGGACCUCCCUUGCAUAUUGGAGCCUCACAUCUUCCCAGAGGAGCAGCUGCAGCUGCUGUAAUCUCCAGCUCUAAAGUAACUACAGUCCUUAGACCUGCUUCGGCACCAAUUCCUAGUGCAGCCACAGCUCAGUCAGCAGCACAACAUAUUAUUCACCCCCCCAUCCAAUCUCGUGGCCCACCUGUGACCACUGCAACUUCCGUGACUCCUGCUGUGGUAGCUACUGUAUCAGCAACUCGAGCACAAUCGCCAGUCAUCACUACAACUCCAGCUCAUGCUGCUGAGCCAGUGCUAAGACCAACACUGUCCAUUCAACAACACCCAUCACCUGCAGCCAUCAGUAUCCAGAGACCACCUCAGACUCGUGAUGCCACCACACGGAUCACUCUCCCAUCACAUCCAGCAUUGGGAGCGCAGAAACAACAGAUUCAUGCAAUGGCACAGAAGACUCUCUUCGGCACUGGUAAUCCAGUAGCAGCAGCAACCGUGGCACCGAUUCUGGCAACAAACACUCUGCCAUCAGUGACAACUUCAGGUUCUUCUCCCCACUCACAAGUUCCCACCAGCGCCAUUGUUACUAUGACAAUGCCAACUCACUCCUCACACGCUACAGCCGUGACGGCCUCCAGCAUUCCUGUGGCCAAAGUAGUCCCUCAGCAAAUAACUCACACUUCACCUCGGAUUCAGUCGGACUAUGGAGCUGAUAGGGGAAAUCUGAUACCCCUUCCAGGACAUAGAGCAUCACCCAACCCCAUGACUAUGGAGGCCAGGAGUGAGAACAGGCAGGCUGUUGGGGUGCAGCUGCAGUACUUUCUCCCCACAUAUUCUCCAUCUCCAUAUCCUUUGGCAGCUCACACCUACACCCCAAUAACCAGCUCUGUAUCCACCAUCCGACAGUAUCCUGUCCCUGCUCAAGCCCCAAACUCUGCCAUUACAGCCCAGUCAGUUGCCUCCACUGUCCACCUGAACCCCAUGCAGCUCAUAAAUGUGGAUACAUCGCAUACGCGCCACAUCCAGGGGAUACAGCCUGCUCCAGUCAACGCACAGGGGAUACAGCCUGCGUCAUUCAGCACACAAGGCAUGCAAGUCACUUCAAUGAGCACCCAGGGAAUCCAGCCACCUCCAAUGAGCACCCAGGGAAUACACCCUGUAACUACUCAGGGUGUUCAGACAUCAUCUGUCAGCUCUCAGCAAGCUCAGAGUGAAGGAAAAGCUUCAGUUGUGCUCACAGAAGGUGCCACAAUAGUUGCCAAUCCUCUAAGCAGUGCUUUCAACACGGCUGCUGCUGGUGCAGCUGUAAUGCAAAAUCACAGUCAGAGCCCCGGAAUUGGCAGUGCUCCAUCUCAGGGAUCAUCUCCUCGCCCCAGCAUCUUGCGUAAGAAACCUACCACUGAUGGGUUGUCAGUAAGGAAAAAUCUGAUUCCUGCACACCCAUCAGACGCAGUAAGUCCACGUCAGGACACGUCUCUCCGCAAUACUUCAGCUUCUCCUCGGCCUGCUGGAGCUAAACCCAAAGCUGAACUUCAUGUUUCUGUGGCUCCAGGAAUGACUGGAGAUCCAGGCAUAGGUGGCGAGCAGCCUAGUGCAGCUGCAUCGCUUCCAUCUUCCCAUCAUCCCGCAGCCGCUGUACCCAGUCCUCCUUCUCAACCUAUGCUUGGUCCCCUGCCUAGUAAUAUCCACGUUCCUCCUGCUGCUGUACCUGUCUUAUCUGCGCCUCCACCUCUCCUGAGCAGUGCACCAUCUGGAGCGACUCUCCCAGAGACCAAAGUGAAGGAAGAGGUGGAACCAAUGGACAUAGGAAGGCCUGUAUCAGCAGUUCCCCCAUUAUCAACUAGCGCCAUCUCCUCCCCGUUGUCUCUGCUGGCCAAUAACAUAUCAAUACCUGUUGGAGAAUUGCCACCCGGAGCCUCUCCCCGCAAGAAACCACGGAAGCAGCAACAUGUUAUUUCCACGGAGGAAGGAGACAUGAUGGAAACCCACAGCACAGAUGAGGAGAAAUGUCACACUAUGAAACCUCUAAUCUCUCGACCAGAAAAACGCAAAUCCCCUCCUAAAGAAUAUAUAGAUGAGGAAGGUGUGCGGUAUGUUCCAGUUAGGCCACGACCUCCUAUCACCUUACUCCGCCAGUAUCGCAAUCCUUGGAAAGCGGCGUAUCACCACUUCCAGCGCUACAGUGACGUGCGGGUCAAAGAAGAGAAAAAGAUGACACUGCAGGAUAUAGCCAGUCAGAAGGGUAUAGCCUGCCGUGUACAGGGCUGGAAAACACACCUGUGUGCCGCACAACUGCUCCAAUUGACUAAAUUGGAGCAGGAUGUAUUUGAUCGGUUAACUGUACUGCAAGAAGGACUCAUUCCUAAAAAGAAAACUGCUACAGAUGAUGAUUUGCAUAGGAUAAAUGAGCUGAUUCAGGGCAAUAUGCAGCGCUGUAAGCUAGUGAUGGAUCAGAUCACGGAGUCCCGGGACUGCAUGCUUAAAGUACUUGAUCAUAAGGAUCGUGUUUUAAAGCUGCUCAAUAAGAGUGGGGCCUCUCGCAGGCUUUCAAAAGUUAAACACAAGGACAAAGUGUGAACCCAGGACCAGCAUACCCGCUUUCAUUUAACUAAGGACAGUCUGCAUUCCUGCAUCUGUUCAGCCAGAGUCAAUGGAGUACCAGUGGCAGAUUGAUUUAUAUAUAUAUAUAUAUAUAUAUGUUUUUGUUUUUUUUUAUAAUUUUUUUUUUUUCAGGACUCUAUUUGCUCAAGCUACAGCCCAUAUCAGGACUUUGGCCUGAAACUUGGUCCCAAAUGGGGCUUUAGUAUUGCCUUCUGUAAAGAGGGUUGAUCUCGGCUUGAUUGUGUUUCCUGGUGCUGCGUGUGAACACUGUUCUCUGUGGCACACAUAUGGUUGUGUAUAGUGCUGUUCCCCCUAACUUGUUAUAAUAGUCACAAUGUAAUAGUAAUUUAGCAUUUCCUAACUUGUAUUCACAUCCUAUGUCAUCCCUUGGACGGUGGUUUCAAAACAUCACUGUCCAAAACUUAACGCUGUAAAUCUACUGCUGUUAAGGGUGUUAUGUCCGUCUCAAACAAGGUGACUCCGUACCAAUAUGUAUGUUGUAUGUAAAUUAUCCAAAAAAUCAUGUGAGCUGGAAAUUAGCGGUUUCCUUUUCCAGUUUUUUUUUUUUUGCUUUAAAUCCAGAUUCUCUGUUACAGUACCUUUAUAAACACUGUUUUCAGAUAUUUAUGAAAGAUUUCACAUUAUUGGACAAACUAGACCAUUUGGAUGAUCAUGCUGCCUUUUUAAUUAGGAACAUUAUUCAAGAUCUACGCACUUGGAGUCUGGAGUCUUGAGGUUUUUCUAAGCCAAUGAUUUAUACAAUAAAAAUGUUCCUGCCGACGUGCCAGCUGCAGGCUAUAACUUACGAAGUGCUCAUUGUAGUCUUAUGUAGUUCAGGGCAGCAAAUAGGGGAAAUGUCACACACUCAUGAUUGCCAGGUGAGGAUUUGAUUGUUUCAUGAAUAGAUUUAAUGGAGUCCAGUCCUUUUAAUUUACCAAGCAAGAUGAAAUGGCACUUAAAUAACAAAGAAACAACUCAAGUAUAAUGGGAAAGUAAAUGCUGUUAAUUUAAAAUUUGUUUUUCUGUUUUUUCUGGUGGGUACUUUUCCCUCUUGUCUACUUUAUUCUUCAUUACAAGGCAACCGGUACUUCCUGGUUUUAAUGUCACAACUAUUAUACAUAGCAUAAUCUCUAUUAAGUGCCACAUGUGGCCCAUCUCACAGUACAAAUGUGAGUGUUCAUGUUGGUGUGGGUCAUUUACUGCAAAUGCAAUAACCAUUUCAUUGCAUUCUAGAUGGUGCAGGGAUUUUAACUCCUCAAGGACAGAUGGUGGCAUGUCAUGCUAAUCUUUUCAUUAGUAACCCAGUUGCUAAAUGGUCUGAUACUAAACAGUUAAUUAUAACAUAAAUGUUAAUUGUCGUUCCCUUAAAAAUAUGUUGCAGUUUCUCUACAUUUGUAGAUUGUGGCAAGGAAAUUUAGGGAAUUAAAAUAUUGACACCAAAAUAAAAAAUUCUCCUACCCCCUUUUUGAUGCUUGGAACUGUGGUGCAGUUUUAGUGCAUGUAGCAGUUAUGUAAUUAGUAUUCCCCACCCCACAACGAGAUAUGUAUGUAUAUAUAUAUAUAUCUCUAGAUCAAAUUGGUCCUGUUGCCUGACCAGCUGAAUUGCCAAAGGUACAAUAACGUACCUGCAACAUAAAUAAAUAAGGUGAUUGCCAAGUAAUGACUUGGGUUAAUUUCACUUUAACAAUGUUUUUUUUAAACAUUAACAGCAUAUUGUGAUAAUACUUUUAUUUUUAUUGUAGAUGUUUGUAAAUGUGUUUUCUUGAGAUACGUGCUACAUCUGUUUUCUUUUAAAAAGCAGUAAUAUUGACCAACAUGCAAAUAAACUGUGUUCUAACCACAACUUACCAGCAAGCAA